CAACUGCCAGCGGGCAUGGUCGAGGAACGACGUCUGCCGCAGCGUGCGUCCAGCCCAACAAUGCUUUCCCCGCGAGGGCCAUUCGACGACGAACCCAAGCGAAGGGAACCCGAGUUUUACGACACAUAUCGGCACCGAGAGACCAGCCCCGCCUAGACCUCUACGUCAUGGGGGAGCUGGCCGCAGCAAGCCGCUUUUCAGAGUGAUUUGCGAGUGGCCACGACCGGGGUUGUUUGGACAUACAAGCGGUCGGAUCGACGACACCCUCGCGCCCGACUCCGGUACCUGUCCGAGCCCGAACUUGGCUUUCGUGGGGUAUCGACUGGUGUAUCUCCAUCUCGGCAAUCGCAAAAACCAGCCGCCAACAUGUCGCAGUUCAGGCGGGCCCCUCAGGGCAACAGCAUCCUGGGGACCCUGCAGGCAACGGACAUGUGGGAUACCAAGACCACCCUUCCAGCAGAGAUCCUCGUUUCGGUCCUCGACUACCUGCCCGUCCCCGACCUGAUGCGCUUCGCACGUGUCUCCCGCCGCAUGCAUGAGAUGGUCUAUGACGACACGAGAUGGGUGGCACGGCUCAAGAGCUUGGGCGUCUGGGACGAGGCCGAGGCGCGCCGCAGGUUCGACGAGGCCGUCAAGAGGAGGCGCGAGGCCGCCGAGCGGGCCAACAAUGCAGGCGGGCAGCGCGGGUCGGCCGUGGGUGGGGCGCCCGGGCAGAGAGGAGCGCCGACGAGCUUCACCAUAUUCGACGCCUCGGUCGAAGAACAGCGGCAGAGCAACAGGCAGGUCGCUGACCUGAGCCAGGGCUUCCAGACCAUGUCCCUGGGCGGCAUGCAGGCCCUUGUCCCCCAGCAGUCGGGACAGGCCCAGCAGCCCCAGCAGCAGCCGCAGGGUGGAGGUGGUGAUCCGAUGCAGGACCCCAACGCCCUACUGGAUGUGCUCAAGAACGUGGUUAGUACCCGCGGCCGGGCACGACAGGAAUUUGGCAAGAUCUACGGCGCCUUGGGUCCCUUCUACUACGACCUGGUGCGGGCGCGGAGCCACACGGACCCCGUGCUGUUCCAGGUCUUCCGCGAUCCGGAGCGGCAGGCUCGCAUGCUUGCCAACUUGGUGGUUUUUGCGCGCUGCGACUGGGCCGAGGGCUGUCGACAGCGCGGCGAGCGCCUGCUGACCAUGGUCGGCAUCUUCGAGACGGCGGUGCUGCGCGAGUUCGAGCAGGGGUACGAGUUUUGGGAUGUCGAGGGCCGCAUGCACCGCUACGCCCACGUGCUCGAUGACCUUAACGGUGCCACCGCCGCUGUCGAACUCUUCAUUGCCAAGCACCCCGUAUUUUCUGAAUCCGGGCACACGUUCAUGGCUGACCCGAUGGCGUGUCUGGACCAGGCGGGCGGGGCAUCCGAGGACAUCACCUUAGAGCCGUCGAGGCUGUUCUUUGGUAACCUAGCCGCCAAGAUCAACGAACAAGGGGUUGUUAUCGGCAAGAUCUUUCCACGGCCGAACCAGGUCUUCUGGACCUUCGUGGACAAGAUCAAGGAAGACAUUAUUACCGAAUAUUGCACGCCACUAUUUGACGAGGCACACGAACGCAACCUGUCGGCAUAUCUCCAGGCAGUCUCUGGCGUCUUUGAACAGGCUUACCUGUUUCUCAGGACCCUCCAGGUACCAAACGGCACGCCCGAGGAGACGGAAGAAAAAGCCAAAGAGAUUGCCCUUAGGACGUUCGAGCCCCAUCUAGAUUUAUACCUCCAGGAGGAACUCGACUUCUUUAUAAAACACGCAGACAACGAAGUGGGAAUCUGGGAGACGAGACUGUCAGAGCGGGAUGCGACUGCCGAGUCGUUUUACAUGGGAAAUUUCAACCGGCAGGCCGACAAGAAGGACUUUUUGAGUUCCUUCAAGAAGGUUGUCAUGAUGCCCGUCACAGUCUUGCCCAGUCUCCCCGGCCAGCUGCUCACAGGCCCAUUUGGGAGCAGUAGCAAGUCGAGCGCGAAUACACCAGGGGUCACUGGCGCGGCCAACGGCAACGCCCUCCAGCCUCCGUCGUCGCCCCAUCCUUCACAGCCUCAAAGCCCUGGUCUCGGGGCGGCGUUUGAGCGCACUGCAAGCCCACUGCCUGAAAAGGCACCGACAGACGAGCUUGCGGCAAAGGCGGCUCUGGUGGCAUCGCGGCUCGAGGGCAUCAAAUCCCUCUUCAGCAUCGAGGUGGCGCUGAAUCUUGUGCACGCGGCCAAGACAAGCCUAGGACGCGCAGCAGUAUUCAUACCGCUGGGUGGGCAGGCCGGCGGCGAGGCGCGCGAGCAGUGCGAGGCCAUUUUCGUGGCGCUGUUGCGUAUUCUGGGCGGGCGUCACAUCAAGCCCGGCUUCGACCGCGCCGUCCAGCAUCUGUCGCACUACAACCCACGCGACGUGACGGAUCACUCCAAGAGCGGCGUGGCUCCUCUGGUCAUGUUCAUCGAGCUGGUGAACCUGGGCGACCUCAUAUCGCAGAUGAUCGACGUCUUUUACGAGCAGCAGCUAGCGGGGCCCAAGAUCGCGGACCGCAACGACUUUUUGGACGCGUCGGGACUGGCCAAGAAGAAGUUUGAGCAGAUGCUGGACGAGAGCGUCGCCGCUGGUCUUAACAAGGGCAUCGACGUGCUCAUGGACGAGGUCGAGUACAUCUGCGCUACGACGCAGCUGCCCACAGACUACAACCCGCUCGCCGCGGGGGCGCCCGGGUCCGAGAAGGACGUGGCGGCGGCGACGGCGGCGGUAUCUACUGGCGGCGGCGGCGGCGGCGGCGCGGCAGACACGGACAUGGGGCCGACGCAGACGGCGGUGCGGGUGGUGGACCUCGUGUCGAGCCACACGCGCAUGCUGGUGGGCACGACGGAGAAGUCGAUGCUGGACGUUUUCAACGGCGAGGUGGGCCUGCGCCUGUUCGCGGCCGUGUGCAAGCACCUCAAGCGCCAGCGCGUGUCGACCGACGGCGCCAUCAAGGUGAUAUCCGACAUGAACCUCUACUUCGACUACGUCCGCCGCGAGCUGCGCAACCCGGACCUGCUCCCCUACUUCAGGGCCCUGCGCGAGCUGUCGCAGCUGUACCUGAUCGACCCGCGCCACUCAAAGGAGAUGGCCACCAUCAUCGCCGACAGCGACCGUUUCGGCGGCGUCUUCCGCGCCGAGGAGGUCUACCAGUACGCCGAGCGCCGCGCAGACUGGUACCAGGUCAAGAGGCACGUCGAGAAAGCCAUGUACGGGCUCGACUGCAGCCUGAUGUGACAUGGGGUUGGAUAUCAUAUAGCCUGUCGUUUUUUUUCUUUCUGUUAUUUACUCCUCGUUCUUGGUAUAAUUGUACCUUGAUGGGCGAGCGAUCAGCAUCAAUGCCGCAACAUGUUUUCAUUAGAUACAUAUGUGCUGCUUACCUAGGUAGUUAACUUUCAAGGGCGGGAACUGGUCAGCGCUGGGUAUCAGAUCAUCUUGUUUGUCAAGGACUCGUUUGACGGGUUAAGUAGCAUCUGCAAAGAAAUUCAGCAUCGAUGAGAAUUUGGACUUAUACCCGGUCGAGCAUGGGCAGGAAGACCAGCGUGGCUCCGGCUUUGACGUCACCAAGGCCGACUUCAGGUUUCAGUCCAAUAAUCCCGCCGUUGAUGCGGUGGCUUUGGCCAAAGUACAUUCGAUCGAGAACGCCCGAGAACUUCCCUCUAGACGACGCCGCGAAAUAGGAAAGCUUGGGUGGAGGAUGUCACGGCCAUGGUCAAAGAAGAGAACACCGUCAAUUGGCGCUACAAACGAAGAUUCUAAUCUUGCGGGAAAAGGAAUGAAAGAGGGAUUCCGGUGUUCGGCGCGCGUGCGCCUUGAUCAUGGUCCCUGGUAGGUCCUCGUCUAUGGUCGUCACAGAGGGGUCCGAUGACUAGAAAACGGCCCCGAGAGCCGUACAAUGAUACUACUCGAUACCUGAGGGACUGGUUGCCGUUCGUGCCCCCGCGAAGCGAAUAGGCC